AUGAGGUCCUUGGUGAACAAGAUUGGAGAGGCCCAGGAAUCCACUCUUCCGCUCGCACGUUACCUUUUUUCAAUUUCAUUUAAUAUCAUCAGUGCCAUCUUGCUUGGUACAGCUUACAAGAUCAGCGACCUUAAACGCCGAGAGUUGGAACAGCACCUUGUGAGAAUGGUGCACGAACUUCGUACCUGCAACUUUGUAGACUCCAAACCGGUGUGGCUCAGCACAACCAUGUCGCACGUGCCGUACACCAAAAUGGCUGGAAUGCGGAGCUCCAUGCGCCUACUUCGUGAAUUCAUCCGUGAGCGGGUGAAAGAGAACCAGGAUACCUUGGAAGAGUGCACAACUCGCAGCUUUAUCGACGGUUAUCUGAAGCAAAUGAAGGAGCACAAAAAUGACCCCCAUACACACUUUCGUGAGUGCCAUCUGCUAGGCUGUGCCAUGGAUUUCUUUAUCGCUGGCGUGUUUACACCGCCCCUAGCGGCCUAUUGGAUUCUGCUCGUCUGUGCCCAGAACCCUGACACGGUGCAGUCGAGGAUCCAUGCGGAAAUCGACCGCACCGUUGGCCGCAACAGACAGCCCGCUUGGAAGGACCGGUUUGAGAUGCCAUUCACCACGGCCAGCGUGUGGGAAAUACUCCGAUGGAGGACGGAGGGUUCGCUCGGGAUGCCUAGAGGAGUGAAAGAAGAUAUAAUCCUCGGUGGAUUUAUUAUUCCUAAAGGCACCGUAGUCUUACCAAACUCUAGGGGCAUAAAACGCAGUCCCGAACUCUGGAAACGGCCCGAUGAUUUUGAUCCAACCAGAUUUCUAACACCAGAUGGCGCCGCACUCAUUAAAAAGCCAGAAUACCACCUUCCCUUUUCAGUCGGUAAACGAAUGUGUCCCGCAGAGUCUUUGGCUACCGUGCAGAUAUUUCUGUACACGACCUGCCUGCUGCAGAAGUACAGCGUCCAUCCCGAAGAAGGCCGACAGCUGCCCUGCCUGGAUCCAGUAGUUACAGAGGGAAAUCACCCUGAUAUUCAGAAGUUGCGAUUUGUCCCUCGUGUCUGA